CACUAAAUUGACAAUUGCACCCUCCGACCCCAAACAAACAAUUCCUUCACCCUGCCCGGCCGUCGCCGACCUCAACCCGGACGUUGUUGUCGCUGUGGGAUUCUUCUCUCCGGCAGCUGCCCACCUCACCCUGACUGCCACCGCUGGUGAUCUUCUUCUACUGUCGGAGCCGGAGGAGGAAGAAGACGAAGAAGAAGUGUAGAAAUGAUGACCCCUAGGCGCUUAUUAAAUAAGGUAUUUUAGAGUGACGAAUAGCAAUGCCCGACCCACCUUACUAUUACUAUUAUAAGUGGCUCAACAACCCUAGAAUGUACAUAAAUCCGGCGAAAAUCAAGCAAUAUAGUUUUGAGUGAUUCCAAUUUUUUUCAUGUCUCAAACUUUUUUUCUCCCCUUUAAUUUCCUCCCAUAAAAGGAGGUUUCUGCUAGCUCAUCACCUCUCCCCAAAGAAAAAGAAAAAAACCCCUAGGCGCUGCAGAGAUACAUUCAGCAGAGACACCAAUCCAUUAGGGUUUUCCCCGAUCUCCAUUUCCAACCCUCUGUGCAUGGCCAACGUGGAGUCCGAUGUCGCCGUCUCCGCCGCCGCGGCGGCGGCGGGGAAGAAGAACAGGACGUUCAAGAAGUUCAGCUACCGCGGCGUGGAUCUCGACGCGCUCCUCGACAUGCCGACCGACGACCUGGUGAAGCUGUUCACGGCCCGGGCCCGGAGGAGAUUCAGGCGUGGGCUGACGAGGAAGCCCAUGGCCCUGAUCAAGAAGCUGAGGAAGGCCAAGAGGGAGGCCCAACCCGGGGAAAAGCCCGAGCCCGUCAGGACCCACCUGAGGAACAUGGUCAUUGUCCCCGAGAUGAUUGGGUCCGUGAUCGGGGUCUACAAUGGGAAGACGUUCAACCAGAUCGAGAUCAAGCCCGAGAUGAUCGGUCACUACUUGGCCGAGUUUUCGAUCUCGUAUAAGCCCGUGAGGCACGGGAAGCCCGGUGUCGGUGCGACUCACUCUUCCAGGUUCAUUCCUCUCAAGUGACGUGGAUCGCGUCGGCCUGUGUGUCGAGGGUUUUGAAUUGCGGAGGAACGAAGUGGCUCGACUGAAUGUUUUUUUUUUCGUGGGUUUCGCGGAGCUUUUUUUUUUUCUUCUGUCUGGUUAUUAGGUGGAGGGAUUUGUGUUUCUUAUGGGUUUUUUAUAUUUGGAUGUUUAGGGAGCAGCCAGGGUUGAACCGUUUGAAGGGUUUUUUGUGAUUUUUUCAUCAAUAAUGGUAAUAAACAUUGAACUAAAUCAUUAUAUGCCAUUAUCAACCUUAUAUAUGCAUUUUGUUUUAGUAGGUUUUCGUUCUCGUUGAAUGAGAUUCGUGAGGCAAAGUAGAGGUUGGACGACUCUGAUGUAUUCUCUCUAAUGCUUCACUUGAACUUAUGUUGAAGAGUCAACUCAAUACACAAUAGUAUAUGUU